UAACNUCCUCGCCUCCGCCAGUCCGCCUCAGACAACCAAAUCAGAUCGCAGCCUCCCUCUUCAUCUCCUCGCCUCCCCCUCAGAAAUUGAAUCAGCUUUCAGCGACAUACCUGACUAAAGCAACAAAAAUAAUGGCAAGGUCUUUGUCUAGCAUUCUUGUUAAAAGGAUUGCUGCCUUUCCAGCUGCUAAUUUGACUGAAUCUGGAUCUUUCUACCGGGGCAUGCUUCGUUUCUCGACAACUGUUCCUGAUGACCCCGAUACACAUGAAGAUUUUAGACCCUCCAAUAAAGUUCAAGAAUCUGCCUCCUCCUUGAAUGAAAUUGUUGAGAAGGAUGUGAAAGAAAACCCUGUGAUGAUAUACAUGAAAGGGGUGCCAGAACAUCCUCAAUGUGGUUUUAGUGCACUAGCAGUGAGGGUCUUGCAAGAAUAUAAUGUUCCUAUAAGUGCGAGAAAUAUACUAACAAACCUUGAGCUAAAGAAUGCUGUUAAAUCCUACAGCUUUUGGCCAACAUUCCCUCAAAUAUUUAUCAAAGGGGAGUUUGUGGGAGGAUCUGAUAUCAUUCUUAACAUGCAUCAGACAGGUGAGUUGAAAGAGAAGCUGAAAGAUGUUGGCAAACAACAAAAGUCGGACUCGGAGUAAGUCGUAUGCUGAAAGAGAGUGAAUAAAUCAGCCCUAUUUUAUUUUAUUUUCUGCUGUCUUUCAUGUAUUGUCGAAAUAAUUAAGUGGCGUAGAUUCUCUUUCUUUUCAAAAUUUCCUCACCAAUUUUUUCGUUUUACUGGGUACUGUAGUGACCGUGGUGUAUGAAUAAGUAAUUGGCCAUUUCGAGUGUUUUUGAAGGUUGAAUCACUCUCUGGAAAAUUGGAAUACUCUGGUGGAUUUGUUAAUUCUGCUGAUAUAAGACCAUCUUUAUCUACAA